GACAUGAUAAACAUUGACAAGCAGCUGUUCCUGCUGUAUUAUGUUACAGGGCUCACGUGUGAGACUUUACUGCGUAAAGAGUUGCUGAAGUGUUUUACAGAAACGUUUUUGUGUCACCGUUAAAACAAUGGAACCUGUAAUAAAAAUAAAUCCUGGAGCCACAAAAUGUGACAUUCGCCAGAAAGUUUGGGACUACAUCGAAGAUAAGAAUCUGGCAAACUUCCCGAGACCUGUUCACAACAGAAUCCCAAACUUUAAGGGUGCUUUCACAGCCUGUGCCAAAGUAUCUGAACUCCAGGCGUUCACCCAGACAGCUGAGGUGAAAGUGGAUCCUGAUAAACCUCUGGAGGGUGCCCGGCUGGCAGUGCUACAGGCACAGAAAACGUUAUUAGUUCCCACUCCUCGCUUACGUACUGGCCUUUUCAAUAAGAUUACCCCUCCCCCGGGCGCCACCAAAGAACAGUUGCGCAUAUGUUCUUCCUCUCAGGGUGUGAAAGAUUUCAGUGUGCCUAUUGGUCUGGAUGCCAAGGUGAAGGUAGAUCUGGUGGUGGUUGGCUCAGUUGCAGUGUCAGAGAAAGGUUUUCGGAUUGGGAAAGGAGAAGGCUAUGCAGACAUGGAGUAUGGCAUGAUGGCUGCAAUGGGAGCCGUCAGUGAGUCUACAGUGGUGGUUACUAUUGUGCAUGACUGUCAGGUGGUAGAUAUCCCUGAGACCCUUAUAGAGAAACAUGACCUGACUGUGGACUACAUCCUCACACCCACCAGAGUUAUUAAAACAGACUGUCAGCUCCCCAAGCCACAAGGUAUCAUCUGGACCAAGCUGGAUACGGAGAAGCUGGAGAAGAUCCCCAUCCUGAAAAAGCUGCGUGCUCUGGAGGAGCAGGCAGGAAAGGACGUUACACUGGGGGCGGCGCCUGCUCCAGCGGAACCCGGCCUGCAGACGGGUCAACCCAGAAGGCAAACCAAACAGAGGCCGAGGCAGAACACACAGCAAGGUGGGGAAGGAGAAUAUAAACGGGACACCAAACCAGAAAAAAGGGCAGCAUCUGAUCAGAAAACCAGACAGCGUCCACCUAGAGUGAGAAAAGAAAGCAGAGGAGAUGGCAAGGGAGGCAGUGAGGGAGAAAUCGUUGAGAAAGCAAAGGGGAAAAGUGGAGGGAGCAUGAAGGAAAAGGGUGUCGAAGAGGGUGGAAAUGAAGUCACGUCUCAGCGUAAGAUCCCCGUCACUGUGACCACAGUUUACCUGGGUGGAAUCCCUGCUGGGCUGCGAGUUAGUGAGUUGAAAACGGCCCUCAGGGAGCGAGAGGCUGCACCGCUGAGGCUCACCUGGCAGGGAGCUCAACACAGGGCCUUCCUGGACUACAGCGACCCCCAGGCUGCAGAUCAGGCCCUGAAGGCUCUGCAGGGUCUGUCUCUGAAUGGUCACGACCUCCAGGCUGAGCUGGCCAAGAGUCAAAGAGGAGGCAAGAGGACUGGAGUGUCCAAUAGGAGACCGAGACCAUCAACAGCUCAAAAGUCUAAGACGGCACCGCCAGAGACUAAGGGUGACACCCAUGAAAAGAAUGAGCAGUAAGAGCCGUAGAAAGGUACACAGCUCCAGUGUUAGUAACAGUAUUAAUUGUAGAGCAGCCGUCAAUGCCUUAAAACGUUUCUUUUUUUUUUUUUUUUUUUUUUUAAUUAAAUCUGAGUUUCUUUAGCUAAAUGAGACUUAAGUGCGAUAACAUUAAAUUCUUUUCAUUUGAAAAAAAUAUUUUCAUUACUGAACAAUGGUUUUGUAGAAUGUGUAAAUACCUCUCACAGUUCUUUGCCAUUUCCUUAUCAUUUGUUUUAUUCUGACAUGUCUCCUGGUCUAAACUACAUUCAUUAAGAUUUUCAAAGGCAAGCUCUUGUGUUUAUUGCAUGUGUAGUUAUCACAGUUACAUCGUCUAUGAAAGUUAUUUUUCCGGUUGUGUUUGCCUGUUUGUCAGUUAUGUAAAGUAUUUAACAAAAAGGUCACUGGCCCAAGGAGGAUGGGUCAGCUUUUUGUGUGAUAGCGCCACACUGUGGCCAUAUAGAAAAAAACAGGUUUUCUAAUUUGUGCAAAUGGAUUCAGAAUUCUCUGGUCCAACAUGUAUUUAUCAUUCAUCAUUCAGUUUUGCUUAUGAAAUUUCUACUAAUCUGAAUAUUUCGGAAUAAACUACAUUUUUAUUUCUACAAUACCAAAUCUUAGACAUUUUUUUUUACAUACAGGCAGCUCUAAAGUUUUUGCAAAAUGUAAACAAAGCUGCAAAACUGUCUUGGAGAUUUUUUUUGGAAGCUGCAUCAAUAAUCUGAGUUGAUAAUUUGCACUAUUUGUCUUUAAACAAUUUCUGAGAUUUAGGGUUUCUCCAUAACAGUGUGGUUGUCUAUCAGUAUGUUGAGGUGAAAGUCUGGAUACAAGUGUGUCCAUUUAGAAGACUGUCUGGCUUUUUGGAGCCAUGCUUUUCCCACAUGCUUACUGUGCUGUCUACGUUUCUCUGUAAGUAUGGUUUGAAAAUGAACAUAUUAUAUGUAGAUGUAUUUCCUUUAGUUUAUAACCGUUUUUUAUUCAAUGUCUGGUUAAGUGAGUGGUAGAACAUCACCAGCUUCAAAGUUUAUUGAAUUAGAGAUGUAACCAUUCAAGAUUUUUAAAGUACUCUACAGUGUUGAAUUAUAAUGGUCUCUAUUAAAUGUUUGACUGUAAA